CCUCACCUGGGCUCGGAGCACUCGGUCCAAGCAGCCUUCUCAGACAACAGCUUCUCCACAUCUCUUUGGGGGCUCAGAGUGAAAGUGGAAAGAAUUGGGGAGGCGGCUGUGGAUGAGAGAGAGAGAUGGUCUCGGGAUCUUAGAUCCUGGAAGGCAGCACUUCAGGGGAAUGGAAUCUACAGAUGAGGGAACUGAGGCCAGGGAGGGGAAGACUCCAGGCCUCUGGCCUCCCAGCCCGGAACACAGAGCCUCCUCAGAGGGCGGCCCCUGCUCUUCCUGGCCCUGCAGGUCCCCACCUGGCCCUGCCACCAGAUGCUGGAAACUCCUGGUUGGCAGGUGACAUCUCUGGGAUGUAAGUGAGGCUGGUUGGAAGCUGGAGAUAAACCCCCAGGGUCACUGCCUUCACCAUGUCACAGGUGAUGUCCAGCCCCCUGCUGGCUGCAGGCCAUGCGGUUUGCUUGGCUCCCCGCGAGGAACCCAGGAAAGCCCUGGACCCAGCACCCAGCCCCAGCCUGCCACCCCAGUGUCCUUACUACACCACGGAGGGCUGGGGAUCCCAAGCUCUGAUGGCCCCCAUACCCUGCAAGGGGCCCCCCAGCAGGCCCCAGCAGGUGUCACAGGCCAAGGCCAAAGCCAGCUGCCUCCUGCAGUCCCCCGGUGAGCAAGUCUCGGGGGCUAUGGAGGACUUGGCCUCCUACAUCGACUUCUCCCUGGAGAGCCUCAACCAGAUGAUCCUGGAACUGGACCCCACCUUCCAGCUGCACCCUCCAGGGGCUGGCGGCCCCAAGGCUGAGCCUGUGCAAAACACCACAUCGAGGAGAAAGAGGGAGGAACCUGAAGCCUUGGAGAUAAAGUACAUCGAGGUGACCUCCACCAGACCAAGGUGCCACGAUGGCCCCCCGUGCUGCUCCAGCCCUUCUGUCACCCCACCCUUCGGCUCCCCCCGCAGUGGUGGCCUCCUCCUUUCCAGAGACGUCCCCCGGGAGACACGAAGCAGCAGCGAGAGCCUCAUCUUCUCUGGGAACCAGGGCAGGGGGCACCAGCGCCCCCUUCCCAACUCUGGGGCGCCCUCCCCUCAUCCUCCUCCUUCCCCCAGCAUCUCCAUCCCUUGCGUGGGGAGCAAGACCUCGGGCCACCAUAGCUUGGGCUCCCCACUGGUGGCUUCUCCAGGAGCAGGGCCAGGGGGCCUGGCCCCGCAGUGGGGCAGCAGGGUCUCUGGGCUGUCGGCCAGCCCAGCAUCUGAUGUCAGCUACGUGUUUGGAAGCAACCAGUCCCUCCUCUAUUCCAGCAUCUCCAGCCAUCAGUCGUCUUCUAGAUUCUUGGAAAGCCCAGCCGGCUCUUUCUCCAGCCUCCACAGCCUUGGCCCAGUGUCCCUGUGUGCAAGACCCCGUGACUUCUAUGUUCCCAGCAACACUGCCCCAAGCCUUGGCCAGCCUGGAGCAACCCACUCCCCACCAUUGGCCAAGGAGCAUGCCAGCAGCUGCCCCCCAUCCAUCACCAACUCCAUGGUGGACAUACCCAUCGUGCUGAUCAACGGCUGUCCAGAACCAGGGUCUCCCCCACCUCAGCAGAACCCAGAACCCCAGGGCUUUGUCCGGCCUGGGUUUGCUUCUCCCAGCAACCCCUGUCCAGCCACCAGGAGCCAGACACUGUCAGAUGCCUCCCUCAGCACAUCCCCAGAGGGUCCUGCCAGGGACAUGCAGCCCACCAUGAAGUUUGUGAUGGACACAUCUAAGUACUGGUUUAAACCAAACAUCACCCGAGAGCAAGCAAUUGAGCUGCUAAGGAAGGAGGAGCCGGGGACGUUUGUGGUGAGGGACAGUUCUUCAUACCGAGGCUCCUUUGGUCUUGCCUUGAGGGUGCAGGAGGCCCCCACAAACGUCCAGAACCAAUCAGGCGAUGACAGCAGUGACCUCAUCCGACAUUUCCUCAUUGAGUCUUCCGCCAAGGGGGUGCAUCUCAAAGGAGCAGACGAGGAGCCCUACUUUGGGAGCCUCUCGGCCUUUGUGUGCCAGCACUCCAUCAUGGCCCUGGCCCUGCCCUGCAGACUCAGCAUCCCACAGAAAGAAUUGGGAGGUGGCGAUGGGGCCUCGGACCCUUCUACAGACGGCCAGUCCUCCUGCCUGAAGAAAUCUGCGGGCUGCCACGCCCUGUAUCUAAGCUCCGUGAGUGUGGAGACCCUGACUGGAGCCAUGGCCGUGCGGAAGGCCAUCUCGGCCACCUUCGAGAGAGAUGUCCUCCCCACACCCACCGUGGUCCACUUCAAAGUCACUGAGCAGGGCAUCACCCUGACUGAUGUCCAGAGGAAGGUGUUUUUCCGGCGCCAUUACCCCCUCAUAAACCUCCGCUUCUGUGGCAUGGACCCCCAGCAAAGGAAGUGGCAGAAAUAUUGCAAACCCUCCCGGAUCUUCGGAUUCGUGGCCAAGAGCCAGACCGAGCCGCAGGAGAACGUGUGCCACCUCUUUGCGGAGUACGACACGGUCCAGCCAGCUUCGCAGGUCAUCAGCCUGGUGGGUGCUCUGCUGCGGGAAGCAGAAAGGAUGUAGGAGGAGGGAGCUGCCUGUGCUCCUGCCCAGACAGCCCAAGGGGCUUGCGAGGAGCCCGCUGCCAUCCCCCGAACCAGGGGCUUGUGGCCACACUUACGGACUAUCUGCUGGACUUGAGGAGAACACUACCAAGUUGAAACACUUCGACCCACUGUGACCUUCAGCCGUGACCUUCAUCCAGACCUCCCUCAGCCUCAGUUUCCUCAAUUCCAAAAGGAAGCCAAGAGGCAGGAUGAGCUCUUAUUCUCAGAUUGUGGUGUGCAUCUUUCACAAGCUACCCCAGCGAAUCUGAACCUCACCCACAUCUGAGAACCUCUGGAUGAAAAUAAUUUCCAAAGACCCUCGGACUUCAUCAGCCCAGACAUUUUGUUCACUGACACCAAGUCUGAGUUAGAGACCAAGCUCGACUUGUGAUGUGUUUCCUGGCAGACAGCAGGUGUUGGGUUGGGACCCAUGGGGGCCCCAGCCCAGGGCUGGUCCGGGGGAGAUUGGUAUGCAAGGGUUGAGGACAAAAGGAGGGAUGGACUGACUCUAGCUCCCUCUAUAUCUGUUCCUUUCCUCACUCCCCUAACGCCUUCUUGGGCAGCUGCUCCCAGGACAAGCGGGAUCUGGCCUGCCCAGGAUUCUGUAGGCCCACGUGGCUGUGGUUGAUGAGGCAGCUCAGCAGGGGGGACUUGCCCCACGUCAGAGACAGCCCAGUUAUCCUUGCGUUCUCAAUGUCUAGAUCUCUUCCCCUCUUGAAAUGAGUAACAGCCACAACUUUUCUUUGGACUUCUUAGUAAACAAGUGCCCUAGAAAUGACAUCACAGCUGCCCUUGGGCUGCUUGUAAACCGACAUCUGGGAGAUGGGGCCGGGGAGACCCCUGUCCUGUGGAGCAAAUAAAGGGGCCAGCUCUCUCUGGUUGCACCUCAGCUCCAUUCUCGCUGAGUUCCCUCACCAAAACAGACACACAAAACACACAGACACCCCGCUCCAGAGAGGCGGCGUCCACAGGACUCACAGCCACGGGGCGGCAGCAGAGAGCCAAGAAUCCAAAUAGUCACCCCAAGUGGCUUGAAGGAAGAAGCUGGGAGGUCUUUCCUGUCCCCUGCCCAGCCCCUGGAAGCUGGAAACUUUUGUCUAGCAGACCUGGGGUGCUAAGGAGGCUCAAGGAAGAAGCCCGCUUUUGCUGGACGAGGAACCAGUGCUCAGCCCCUCCCAGCUGCGGACCCUGCCAGAGCCCCGUUAUCUUUGGCCAAGACUGGGCCUGGCAGGUUAUGAUUUCAAACCGGGAAACCAAACCAGACUGAAGCAGCUCUGGGCCGAUGGGACAGGCUGAGACCAGCUUACCCUGUGCCACAUGGUCAGGCACUACCCCCUCCCCCAGGAGUCUACAGAAUGCUAGACAUGGCUCCCAGGUCGUGUUGCCGGCCCCAGGCUGGGGUCUGGCAGAGAGCCCCAUACACUGUACCCACAGGAAACUGUGCAGCUCCAAUCAUGAAUAAUAAAGUGACUGUCCUUGCACAGCAUUGGUUCUGAGGCAGCCAGGACUGUGCCUUUGGAGGUGGAGGCCUGUACAAGAGAAGGGGAUCUGAUUGACAGGUGGUGCCUGUGUCUCCACCCAGGGGGGGCCAUCCUCCCUCCUCACCCCCAGCCCUAGCAAUACCUACUGGAUCGAUGGGCUUCCACCUCAUAAAUCAUCACUUAAACCACUCCAAGUUCCCCACAUGCCUAACACACCCGUUUUUCUUUCUUCAUGACCCCUUUCCUGCUACCCUGGCAGGAAAAAGAAGGUUCCUCUCUGCCCUAGGACGCAAGGUGAGUGUGCAUGGCAGCCUGACGGGGUCACUAAGAAAGCUCAGGAAAUCCAAGGCCCGCUCAGCCCCCUUGAGGAGUGAGGGGAGGCAGAGAAACGGAGCAUCAGGAAGAGUCCCUGAACCCAGAUUACCCCGAGCUACCAGCUCAGCCCUAGAAAACUGGACAAGAGCCUCCUCGUCCCACCCUGGGCCUGUGAGGUUUCCCCCUGACAUCUACUGACUGGCAGAUUUCCCUCCCCACUCCAGUCAGCCGAGGGUCCCUGGGCAGUGCCCCCUCAGACCUGUUCCAGACCCCACUGCAGCUAGGGAUCCAAGGUUGGCAUGACAUGAGAAGGUGUCACAGAGUGGUAUGGGAGAAGGAUGCAAGGAUUGUCCCCUUUGCUACAAAGCCUUAGAAACAGAAGAGUUCCCUCCUGUUCGAGCUAAGCUGAAUGACCCAAAGGCAGGGGCUGCCCUGGUGGGCCUGUGAAGAGACCUUGCCAACAGCCUUGACCUACUGUCAGGUAGGCCCUGCCUCCUCUUUUACUGCCCAACCGCACUCCAGAUCGGAGUUCCUCUCAGCCCACUGCCCCCAGACCCCUAGGCUCAGCCAGAUAGAGUCUCCGGAAGGUGACAAUCUCUGCUGCAUUUGCCAUAGCUCAUCUUUUCUCCAGAAAGAUUUAGCAAAAAACUUGACUUGCAGAGCAACCAGCCCAGCAAGAGUGGGAGGGUCAAAGAGCAAAGGGGAGGAAGAGUGGUCACCAGGCCAAGAGCCAGGAGAGAGAACUUCACACCCACAGAGGGACACCCCAGAAAUGUUCUCUCCUGAAGGCUCCAGGCUUGGGCAAUCCUGUGGUUUUAACUCCCCUCCACUGUCUCUCUUCCGCAGAGUUGCUAUCCCUCCCCAUCCUUUUCUCCAUGCUUCUCUCUCUCUGCACACACACACACACACCACCCAUCCUUCCCUCCUUCUCUUCUCCCUCUCGUGCCCUUUCUCCUCAUCACACCAUCCCUGUCCACCCUAUUCCUCUUUACAGAAACCCCCCCCACACACAUACUCUUUUCCAAUGUAAUUCCCUUGCCCCUUUGUCCCCAGUGGCUGGGCCCCCAACAAAAUCCAGGAGCUGCUGGGGUUGGUGAAACGGCCGGAGGGCAGCCUCUGGCACUUCCAACCAUUGUCAAGCCCAGAUUCCCACCUCCCCUAAAACCUGCCUCCUCUCUAGCUAGGAAGUGACCUCUGCAGAUGUCCGCAGCACCCUCAUCCCUCCGCACCUGACCUGCCCCUUCCCCACCCUCACCUCUCACUGAGGGCUGAGACUCACUUCUGCUGGUCCACCUUCAGCCCCCCAUUCUUAACUGUGUGCCAUCAACAGGCUCAGGACUUAGAACCGGGGCAGGGGUGGUGAGUUAAGGGCUUCUAACCCAGGGCUGGUGUCCUGACCAACACAACACACAUUUUCUGGCUAUAUACUUUGUGUGUACGAACCAGAAAAACAGAUAAAUAUGACUAUUAUAACAGGUCUU